AUGGAAGAAUUUAUUUGCAAAGAUGAAAGUGAAGGAGUAUUGCUUUUUUCAAAACAAAUUCUUUGUUUACGUAGGACAGAGAAAUCGAAGCUUUGUACUCAAAACAAAACUGGCUCUUGCUAUCAUUCAUAUGGAAAACGCUACGCCCAAAACAACAUCAUUUUCACCUCUGAACUAGACGAAGACAAAUACCAACGUGUCAUUGACAGAUGUAAUCUCAUUCCAGAUAUAAAGAUUCUUCCAGGUGGAGAUCAAACUGAAAUUGGUGAAAAAGGUAUAAAUUUAUCUGGUGGUCAAAAAAAAAUAGUUAGUAUUGCAAGAGCUGUCUAUCAUAAUUCAGAUAUUUAUUUAUUUUGGGGAAAUUUUUUUUGA